GUCUUGACUUCACCACUCAACUUUACUCCCUUCCCCCUAUCCCCUGUUUCUCGCUCGUCCCGUACACCCUCUCCAACCAGCAUGAGGCCGAUUUAACCCGACUAACGAAUCGAAGACGGAUAUGGAAACGUCUCACUAUCUAUCCCCAGAGGGGAUAUUACUACCCCCUAGUCCCGUGGAAUCGGUGGACUCUCCCGAACCGACAGCGCCGGGGUCCGCUGAAGACCGCGAGAAAGACGUCAUGAUAACUCUGUCACGUCCCCCGGCCCCUUCGCCGAGUCGCUCGCCCUUUGCCCGCUCCCAUUUUCGGUCCCGAUCUCUGGCUGAGGUAUCUGGUCUACCUCCUAUGACGCGCGCUCACUCUACCCCGGGACUGGACUCACGGGGCAGGUAUAUCUUCGUUCAUGGUCGCGAUGCACCAACAAGCUCACCUGAGAAUGCCGCGAAACGCCAUCUACCAUUCCAGGUCCCAAUGGGGGACAGCCUAGAGUCUAGAAUGAUACCCUUGAACAUCUCGGAGCCCAUUCUGGAGUAUGCUGAACUGGACACCGCGAUGCCAUCUUCCUCUUCAACGCAGGCAGAACCUCGCACAGCCUCGCCUGUGCUAUCCAACACUUUCCCCCGGAUGACCCGCCGACGACCGUCAUCACCUCUACAUCUUAACCCGAUGAAUUCCACUGUUCAGUCGGCCAGCAGCCCCUCUUCCGCACACUCGUCUCCGAUAAUUCUCAACUCCAGAUUCAACGAAUCCUUUCCCGGCUAUUCGACGUCUUCUGCUUCAUCAAUGCCCUCGACACCAACAAGUCUUCGCUCGCGGAGUCCGAGUAUCUCAUCUUUAGAGACUAUCCCUGACAUUCCCGAUGCCGAAGCCGCGGCUAUUGAAGCUGAUAGGAUCGCUGCCUUGAAAGCUGCGGCUGAUAGAGCAGAUGAAGCGGAUGCUGCGACGAACGGAAAUCGUCGACGAGGGGCGUCAGACGCGUCAGGCCCUUCAAGCUCCCUGAUGAACAUGCGAACCGUAACAGGAGGGUAUGGCCUCAGGACUGAUAAGCGGAAACGGUGGAGUGUUUGUGGGGCCGAGCGCCGUCAAGACCUCGACUUGGAAACGAUCUGGGAAGAUUGAUUUGUUGACAACAACGACUUCCUCCGCAACUUCUAACAAAUGGUCAAGCAACAUACGCUAAAUGAAGCAAAUUUAUGGGCUGUGCUUGGCUUUUAACUAAUGGUGUAUUGGUUCUCAAUUUUGUGUUUUUAAGUUCACCAACUGCGGCUCGGAUGUACCUUAUAGCUCGACUCUCCGAUGUAAGGAUUGUGCUACUGAUGAAAGCAGCGACGCUUCUGAGCCCCGCGCCCAACUUGCUAUUCUACUUCGAAGCAGCCUCUACCUCAACAGAAUUGUCCCUGUUGCCGGUAGCAUUGACAUGUGGUGCUGUAUUAUACUCUUUUUGAUUUGCUGAAAGUUGUCCGGUUUGUAACUGUUACUUGCUCUUUGUUCUGGCGCUCAUCUCAGGUGUCGCAAUACCCUUUACUGUCCCUAACUCUUGUCUAUUGUUUUCAAUUCAUGUGCCUCACUAAAUGGAUAUGUGGAGAUGGAGAGCGCGCAGGUUCGUUGAUGCUCUUAGUGGAACCGUUCCAUAUUGUGGGUUGCACCAGGGCGCAAGGCAUUCUGAUUAUGUACGGGUGGCUUGUCAUCCGGGAGGUGUUAUCUUAUUAGUUUGUUUUCAUCUAUCAAGCGAGGUUAAGCGUCAUUGUUGUGAUUCCCCUGUUGCUUUUCAUUUUGUUGGAACAAUAUUUUACAUCAUGGCUCAACUUGAAAUUGCGCGGUGUGUCCCUUGAUUGUGUAAAUAGCGUGGACUGUUCAA